CGGACACUCCCUGCCCGCCGCGGCCCCCAGAGGAAGCAGCGGCCCCCAUGGGCCCCCCCAUCCUGGCCCUGCUGCUGCUCCCCGGGACCCUGCAGCUGGCAGGAGGGCUGUCGGUGACGCACACGGGGCCCCCGAUUAUGGUGUCUCUGGCCUACAGAGCGGUGACCUUCGUCUGCAGAAUCUCCUACAAGUACAGUCCGCCGUUCAAGAACUUCCAAGUCAGCUACUUUUACACGGACGUGCAGGGCCGGCGCAGCUCCACGCGGGGCACGAACUGCAAGCCCGGCUCGGGCACUGAGAACCAGACGGCCACGCUCACAUGUUCGGUCACCCCCUCGCUGUCCAGUGCCGCGGCCACCGGCACCUACUACUGCUCCGUGCUCUGGGGCUCACAGUCAGCCACGGGUAACGGCACGUUCAUCCUAGUCCGAGAUUCGGGGUACCAAGAGCCCCCGCACCACCCCCAGAAGCUCCUGCUCUUUUGCUUCCUUGGCAUCCUCAUGCUCCUGAGUGUCCUGGGCACAGCCGCUCUGCUCUGGAGGAAGAAGCAGGUGAAGGUUCUGCAGAAGCCCCCCGCCCGGAAGUGGCCGGACCCCCACCCUGCCAGCAGUUCCAAGCAGCCCCCAGCCGAGUCCAUCUAUACGGCUCUCCAGCGCCAGGACACUGAGGUCUACGACUGUCUGCAGGGCCAGACCAGCAGCCCACCCCCCGCCCAGAACCUCCUCCCCCAGGUGAAAGCACGCAGACUCGAGAGUGACAGUGAUCUGAACCUGGUCUAUGAGAAUCUCUAG